AUGUGUCACCUGGACGAAAUAACGGAGACCCACCCGCACCGGCCCCUCGGAGUAGGGGUGGGCAACUGCACCAACUCCUUUUUUUUUCCCCCAGCCAUUCCAGCCACUUUUGUCUUCUCAUUUUCCGUUGCAGUCUACGCAAACAACCUCAAAGUCAGCCCUAGUGAAAACUACUUUUCAAAGACUUCCUCUUUAUCGGAGCGCUCCGAACCGACCGACAAGAAAAAAUUUCCAUUUCCGAAAAGAAAGGAAAACGUUCACACGCACGCACUAGUAGGCAAGUUUGCAAGACGGGGUGACUCCACACUCGUCCGUCCCCGUUCCCUUGCUCUAAGCUUGCCUCCGCCGGGAAGCGGAGGAGCCAGCCUUCACCACGCCCAGUAUUGCGCGCUGGGCCCCCGCAGCGCUGCGCUCCGCCCCGCCUCGCGUCCAUCUCGCCCUCCCCGGCUCUUCCCUCCCCGCCCGCCCUGCGCAGGUUCUCGGGCUGCUCUAGUUGCCCGCCCUCUUCGCUGCUCGGGGGCUCCCGAACCCUAUUUGGUCAUCCGGAGAGAGCGCGGAACGAGCGAGCGAGCCAGGCAGCCUGCGCGGAGCCAGCGCUGCGCGCAGGAGGAACGGAAAGGACCACGUUGCGGGCUCCGCUCAGCGCUUGGGGAGCGAGGACUGGCGUUGGCCGCAGCCUCCGCGCAGAGCUCGCGCCACUCUGUCCCACCGACUAGCCGGUGGCCUGUCUCCUUCGGAACAAUGAGACUCCCCGCCGUAGCGACUUCAGCUCCCUUACUCGUGGCUGCGCUGCAGGUGCUGUUCCUCUUGGGAGCUGCGCACAACUCAAAACCCAGCACCAACCAGACUGAAAAUGGAAAUACUGCCAAUGACACGAUGGGGCAGCUAAACCUGACCUCUUCUACCUUCAAACCUGUGACUGUGCCGCCACCUGCCAAGACGUUAGCCCCUGCCAACAAAACGACUGAAGCCCCUCAGGUAACAACCAGGUCGUCCACCCCUGUGACGAACAGCACCGCAAUACCUUCGACAACAACAAGGAGCGCACCUCAGACCACAACAGCCCACAGUGCCUCAAAGUCGUCAGCUUCUACCACCAGCAACAGUACAGUGACAACCACUGCUGCACUGACCACAGCCACAGCCAACAUCAAUGCCCAAAUAAGUAAAGGAUCAAAAUUUGACAUUGGCAGCUUUGUUGGUGGCAUCGUAUUAACUCUAGGAGUUUUAUCUAUCCUCUACAUUGGAUGCAAAACGUAUUAUUCAAGAGGCAUUCGAUACAGAACCAUUGAUGAACAUGAUGCUAUCAUUUAAAGAAAAUCGUCCAAAAACCAAAGCAGAGGAAGAAGACAAUUCGACCCUCAUCGUUAAUUUCAGAAAAUCUUUCCCUCUUGAAAAGCAUAAAAACCAACCCUACCUACCAAGUAAAAUAUAUUCUAUGAAUGUGUAAAACUUCUCCAUGGUCACUAAAGGUAAAAAAGGGUUGUUGCAUUUGUUUUCAUGUUAUUUGUUUUUUAACGACAAGGCUAGACAGUUUCAAGAUCACAAAUUAACACAAAGCUUGUAUCCUCUUCCCACAAAUACACUUAAAAACAAAUGAGUUUUGACACAGUGAAAGCCAUUUGUGGUGCUGUGAAAUUGACUCCAUAGAGUCAGCAAUUGGAAGGCAUCCACAUGGAAAGGCAGGGAUAUCAUCUGGGCAUCCAUCCACCGGGGAUGGGGGAGGGACCACUGAUGCCUUGGCUGAUCAUGACUCUCACUCUUUGGAAGUGCCCUUACUUCAUGAGCACAUAAUUUCCAGCAGCGGGGUAUACCCCCAAAAUAUAGAAACCUUCCAGUUUGUCAGUGGUAUAGAUGCAACAGAAACUACCCUACCAGCUAGCAAAGAUUGGGGGUGCUGAAUUAGAAUCAGGCUUAAAAUGUGGCCCUUUUUUCUUCAGACAGCACACACAAUGUUCAGUGCAGUUUUUUAAAAAUUCUUCUCUAACUCCCCCUCAUCUCAAAACCCCAAACUUUCAGAAUUUUUGCUUUAGAGAGUUUUACCUGAGCUGUGUUCCAUUAGGGAUGCCAGCUGGAGAGUUUGGAUUUUUAUUUUUUAACUUCAUUUGGGCUUUUAAUCAUAGUUGAGAGGCAAUCUUAUUUUUACUUUUCUUUGUCUUAGUUUUGAUGAAUUAUGUUUUACAUGCUGUAAUUACGGACUAGCUGUUAGGAACAAACAAAUCAGAUUGACAUGACAGGAAAGAGCUUACACUGUGGAUUUUUUUUUUUUAAAUACUGUGAAAAUAUAGACUGCCACUGGAAAUUUCUUCUGAUACUAUCAGCUACAUUCAGAAAUGUCUAAGGAAGUCUCUCCCACCUUCAUUUAAAACAAACAACUUAACUCUUUUUGUGAUUCUUGGCCUCUUUUAGGGCAGUGUAUAUAGUAGAGAUACUAUACUAAUGAAAGCACAGUGCAUUCCUGGGACACUUGUAUUAUUAGGAGUAAGUGCCCAGAGCUCUCUGUUUGACCCAGUGUGUAGCCCAGCAUGUGAAUCUCAGGGCAAGUCAAGAUUGGGGUGGGGUAUCUAGUCAGGAUGAAAAGAAAUUCCUAACAAGCAACCAAAGUAAACCACCGAAAAAUCCAUAUUAUCUAGGAUGCAAUGAAGACUUCCUUAGGUACACCUGGAAUUAACCAUUAACAGGAGCAUAAGGAAUAUUUUUCUAACCAGUUCUUAUCUGCAGCAAAUCCUAGCUAUCAAAUGGACAUUAAAUUACUAUGCCUUCUUACUGUACACAGUGGCCAAGGGAUAUGAUUAAUGUAGGGACUGGUAACCACUGAUCCCAAAGACCAAGCUGUGCAAGUUAAGAGUCCGUCUGAUGCUGCAUUGGUUUUUUUUAAAAAAAAAAAA